AUGAAUAACUCAGAAUUUUCAUUUAUCGCCAAAUCUUUAUCGGAAGCCGAAUGUUUACAACUGGUACCAUCUUUAUACACAAACACGUAUGAGUUCCCUAAAACCAAAAUAAUACAAACCAAAAAGCCUUGUCUCCAGCUCUUACUAGAAUGGAGUAAUGAAAAAGAUAGCUUGAGCAAAACACACGAAUUCCUAGCGCAUCGCCUGCGUCAAAUUGGCAGAAAGGAUUUAGCGAAAUGGCUUGGCGGAGUUGUUUUCUAUCGCCUUGCUAAAGACGUUAAUGAUACAUUACUACAAAAACCAUUUAGAGAGAACAUAACUCAAUGUACUCAUAACGAUAAUAAAGAUAAUGAUGACAUAAACGACGGUGCUUGGAAUAGUUUAGACUCUGUGUUAUGUGCGGUCUUCAUAGUGCUUGCUGCAAGUUUGUUAGUAAUAUGUUGUAGGACUUUUUGGUUGUUUAUACUGACUGAGACUAAAGUAAUAAAUGAAGAAAAUAAUUUGGUAGAACGGAAUGUUGACAGCGAAGACUAUUAA